AUGCGUCGAGUAAUCAGUCUAAUCGACAUGGAUUGCUUCUACGCACAGGUCGAACAGCGGGAUAAACCCGAAUUAUGGGGUCAGCCGGUGAUUGUAGUGCAACAUUCGCGGCAGGGAGUCGAGGGUGGAAUCCUCGCAGUCAGCUAUGAAGCCCGUCCAUUCGGUGUAAAGCGUGGAAUGUCGGUUGCCGAUGCCAAAAUCAAGUGUCCACACCUGAAUAUUUGCCAUGUACCGAUUGGAGAGUAUGCAGACAAGGCGGAUAUUCAAAAAUAUCGGUAUGCCAGUGCUGAAGUGUUCCGAGUGCUCAACAAUUUCGACUCGACGAUAAUUGUGGAGAAGGCGUCUGUGGAUGAGGCGUUUUUGGAUUUAACCGCUUAUACCAACCAAAAAUUGGAGGAAAUUCGGGAAAAUGGGCAAUUGGAAGAGAUUGUUAAGACCUCGCUGGACCAACUACCAUCAACCCAUUUGGCGAAUGGAGAAGACGUCAAGGAGAAUGAGCAUCUUCGCGAAGAAUUUCUUUCCGAUUUCAUCGAAAGCUCUCGAAAUUCCACAGAAAAUCUGCUUCUUCUAAUCGCGGCGAUUACUGUAGAAACGAUACGAAAGCGUAUUCGUGACGAGACCCAAUUCUAUUGCUCAGCCGGAGUUGGAAACAAUAAAAUGAUGGCUAAGCUGGUGUGUGCGAGGCAUAAACCACGUCAGCAGACACUUAUCCCAUGGAGGAAUUGUCGAGAGAUUCUGAGAACGACGCCAAUUGGAGAUGUGAGAGGAUUCGGCGGAAAAAUGGGAAAUCGCAUUCAGGAAAUGCUCAAUAUUACGCUAAUGGGUGAAAUUCUGGAAUUGGACAUUGCAUUGCUCAUCGAAACGUUUCCGGAUCAACACGAGUAUUUGAGGGCCGUGGCCGAGGGACUGGAUGACGAACCAGUUAGGCCACGGAAGGAAUCCUCUUCCAUUGCCGUCAGCAAGAAUUUCCCGGGGAAAAUGGCGAUUCGAACGACAGGAGAGCUCAAAAAAUGGGUCGGAGGAUUGGUGAAAGAGCUGGCGAAACGAUUGGGGACGGAUCAGGCUGAAAACAAGAGAACUGCUGAAAAUCUAGUGUAUUCUUUGCUGACAGACGAUGGAAAACCACAAAAAACACUGAAAAUGACCAGUUACCAUCCGGAUAUCAUUUUUGAGCAGGUCUGGACAGCGAUUCGCGCAUUAAAUCGAUCGAAUUUGGCUAAAAAUGAAGAUGGUCCAUGGACGCCUCCAGUGCUCAAUAUCUCGCUAUCAGCCAGCCGUUUUCAGCCAGGAAUUCCAGCACAGACAAGAGCCAUAACCGAGUGGUUGGGAGCGAGAAAACGGGAAAAAGAGGCGAGAAAAAAUGCAGUUUAUGAUCCGAAUGAUGGAAGAGCUGAUGUUAUCAUUGAGGAGCCACCAGCACCGGUGAUUCCAGCCUCGAAACCAUCCACGUCUGGACCCAAAACGAUUCUCGACGGAUCUGUGGAAUUCAUUGUUUUGGAUGAUUCGGAUGAAGACGUUCCAGCACCACAGCCUCUCAAAAAACCCACUGACAUUGAUUACAUUACUGUGGAUGGCAAGAAAAUCUCGAAACAAGCACUCAGACACUUGCCGCCGGAUAUUAGAAAGCAAUACGAACAUCGGAUUGCUCUCGAGGAAGCACGUGCGCUCAAAUCGAAAUCCGAUGCAAAAAUUGGCAAUAGAAAACGGACGGGACCAAUAAAAUCGCCGGUUCAACAAGCGAAAAAACCGAAACCUCUGGAAUCGUUCUUCAAGAAAAAAAUUUAA